CCAAGAUGGCGCCGGUUUGGCUCAUGUCGCCCUCUCAGCCUGGGCUGUAGCCACGGUAGCGGGGGGAGGGGAGACGCGACGACAUAGAGGGCUGAGGCAGAGUCAUGUCAGCCCAUCGUCAAGUAUUUCAUAUUCACCUCUGGCAGAGCCUCCCUGGUGGUGGUGGUGAGGAGUCUGAAGAGGAGCUGUGCCCAGCCACCACCUACCCAUCUCGUCUCUCUUCUUUUCCAGCAGGUCAUGGAGGGCUCCUUUGUACAACACAGCGUGCGUGUUCUGCAGGAGCUCAACAAGCAGCGAGAAAGCGGACAGUACUGUGAUGCCACCCUGGCAGUGGGCAGCUUGGUAUUCAAGGCGCAUUGGAGCGUCCUGGCAUGCUGCAGCUCCUUCUUCCAGAGCAUGUACGAUGGAGCUUCCAGCCGGGUGAUCCUGCCAGAGACCUUUGUGGAGAUCUUUGCCCUGCUUCUCGACUUCUUCUACACAGGGCACUUGGCGAUCACCACAGAGAACUGGAAAGAGCUUCUUGCGGCUGCCAAGGAACUCUGCAUCCCGGAAGCUGUCAAGCUGUGCCAGGAAUUCCAGCCCAAACACUUGGAUAGUGGCGACCAGAACAGUGAGCCUUCAUGUGAGAAAGACCUCAGCAGUCACUCUGAGGAGGUGACAGAUGUGCAAGGAGAACCGGUCAUUCAGGCUGUGCCCAAAAAUGACUCCGUUCAGGAACCCAGCCUGAACCCCUGUCCCCAGGGGAACACAGUGGCCCAGGGACAACCCAGCCUGAACCCCUGUCCCCAGGGGAACAAAGUGGCCCAGGGACAAAGGGAGAGCCCCUGUAUCCUUCGGGGAAGGUUGAAAAGGGCUCUCAAAACAAACACACUGAGCAAUGCAGGUGAAGUAAAGAGCAUCCCGGAAUGUAAAGAACUAAAAAGUCCAUUGAAAAGAGGAGCCACCGAGGACGCGGGCGCCAGUAAUGAGUGGGAAAUUCAGGUGGUUCUGGGCCCUAAUGACCUCCCUGCUGAAGAUGAAGGAGGAGGAAGGAGAACUCGGGAAACAGACGAGGAUUACAUUCCUGGGAAGAAGAGCAUCAGGACCAAAAGAAGAUCUCACUUGGCCAGAAAGCCCAGUGCCUCUGAGACUGCAGGGAAUAGCAACCUGUUAGAGGCUGGACUGCUUGGAAACCGCAGGGGCACGGCUGAGCCUGUAGAAUGCCCCACCUGCCACAAGUCGUUUCUAAGCAAAUAUUAUCUCAAAGUGCACAACAGGAAACACACUGGAGAGAAGCCGUUUGAAUGUUCCAAGUGUGGGAAAUGCUACUUCCGGAAGGAGAACUUGCUGGAGCACGAAGCGAGGAACUGCAUGAACCGCUCAGAGCAGGUUUUCACAUGCUCUGUCUGCCAGGAGGUGUUUAAGAGGCGGCUGGAGCUGCGGCUGCACAUGGUGUCCCACACAGGAGAGAUGCCUUAUAAGUGCUCUUCCUGCAUCCAGCAGUUCAUGCAGAAGAAGGACCUGCAAAGCCACUUGAUCAAGUUGCAUGGAGCCCCCAAACCCCACGCGUGCUCUGCCUGUUCCAAAUGCUUCCUCUCUCGGACGGAACUCCGCCUACACGAAGCCUUCAAGCAUCGUGGGGAGAAACUGUUUGUCUGUGAGGAGUGCGGUCACAGGGCCUCGAGUCGCAAUGGCUUGCAGAUGCACAUCAAAGCCAAGCACAGGAACGAGCGGCCCUACGUGUGUGAGUUCUGCCACCAUGCCUUCACCCAGAAGGCCAACCUCAACAUGCAUCUUCGUACCCACACUGGAGAAAAGCCCUUCCAGUGCCACCUCUGCGGCAAGACAUUCCGCACGCAAGCCAGCCUGGAUAAACACAAUCGGACCCACACGGGUGAGCGCCCCUUCAGCUGUGAGUUUUGCGGCCAAAGGUUCACGGAGAAAGGUCCGCUGCUGAGACACAUCGCCAGCCGGCACCAGGAGGGGAGGCCGCACUUCUGUCAGAUCUGUGGGAAAACUUUUAAAGCUGUGGAGCAGUUGCGUGUCCACGUCCGCAGGCACAAAGGAGUGAGGAAAUUCGAAUGCACGGAAUGCGGCUACAAGUUCACACGACAGGCCCAUUUGAGACGCCACAUGGAGAUCCACGACCGGGUGGAGAACUACAACCCCCGCCAACGGAAGCUGCGCAACCUCAUCAUCGAGGACGAGAAGGCGGUGGUCGUCGCCCUGCAGCCCCCCCACAUCCUGGAGGUGGGCUCCGCCGAGGUGAUUGUGGAAUCCCUCAGCCACGCCUCCCUGGCAGAGGAGAUCCCCGUGCAGAGACUCUGUUCGAACGAGAACUUCGGCCCCGCAGAUAUCAUUGAACAGUCGCUCAUCAUAACAAUCCCCAAUGACUGCGAAACGUAGCAGGCGCACCUCGGUAAAGCCCCCCCUUUCCCCAAAUAAAGUUUGGGUGGCCUCACCCCUUGUAGCCUUUCGUGGGGCUAUCUGAGAGAUUGCACCGUCUUUUAAAAUCUUUAAACUGAAAGCAAAUUUUGAGUUGGUUAUGCAUGUUGGAGGCAGGGAACCAAACAGGGGCAGGAGAGUGAGUCUCCUUCAAGGCAAUACAAGUUUGCCUUAAUUUGAAGCAGCAGGCUGUCUUUGAUGUUCCCCUGCACGCUGACAUGCCCCCCGCUGAGAUGAGUCUUGUCUGAAGAGCUGGGCAAAGCAGCAGCAGAAUGAAACGGUACAGCAGCAGAACAUCUCUGCCCUUGGGCCGGGGUCCUCCCUUUGGUGCCUGUGGGAUCCAGGGCUGCGCCCACCGAGCAUUUGUAGAAAGUGGGUGUGGCUUCUGCCCAGCAGGGCUUCUAAUU